UGUCCGACACUCGAAAUGGGAAGCAAGAACUAGAGCAGGGACAAAAAGCCAUAUAACGAAAACAGAGCGAACCAGUGACUCCGGAAACCCAUUUGUUAAAUCCAAGUUUUUCAAAUCCAUUAUUGCUGUGGGAAUCCGAAAAGGAUGGGACUGGAGUUCGAGAACAGCGCCCGCGUUGCUUCCCAUGUACUGGUUCUGAUCCUGAGCCUGGCCAAGUUCGUUAAUGGCGGAAUAACGAGCGACUACGUGAGGAGCACCAAUUUGUCAGCUGAUAUGCCGCUUGACAGCGAUGUGUUUCGAGUUCCUCCUGGCUAUAAUGCGCCUCAACAGGUUCACAUUACACAAGGAGAUUAUGAGGGGAAAGGUGUGAUCGUCUCUUGGGUCACUCCAGAUGAACCCGGUUCGAACACUGUGGUUUACUGGGCCGAGGACAGCGCCACCAAAAGCCGUGCAGAGGGCAUAAUCACAACGUACAAGUACUUCAACUACACUUCGGGCUACAUCCAUCACUGCGCUAUUGAGGAUUUGGAGUUUGACACCAAAUACUACUAUGAGGUUGGGAUUGGAAAUAGCACAAGGCAGUUCUGGUUCGAAACCCCGCCUGGAAUUGGCCCAGAUUUUCCUUACGUGUUCGGCCUUAUAGGGGAUCUUGGCCAAACUUAUGAUUCCAAUAGAACACUAACCCAUUAUGAAUUAAAUCCGACAAAGGGGCAAACGUUGCUGUUUGUUGGAGACCUAUCUUAUGCUGAUGACUAUCCUCUUCAUGAUAACACUAGAUGGGAUACUUGGGGAAGGUUCAUUGAGAGAAAUGCUGCUUAUCAACCAUGGAUUUGGACUGCAGGGAAUCACGAAAUUGAUUACGCCCCCAAAAUUGGUGAAUCUAUACCAUUUAAGCCAUACUCUCAUCGGUUUCAUGUGCCAUAUGAAGCAUCAGACAGCACGUCUCCUUUCUGGUAUUCAAUAAAGAGAGCUUCAGCACAUAUCAUCGUCAUGGCUUCUUACUCUGCAUUUGGUAAAUAUACUCCACAGUACAAAUGGCUUAAAAAUGAGCUACCCAGAGUGAACAGGACGGAAACGCCCUGGCUCAUUGUUCUCAUGCAUUCUCCUCUAUAUAAUAGCUAUUUAAAUCACUACAUGGAAGGGGAAACUAUGAGAGUCAUGUAUGAGCCGUGGUUUGUGGAGUACAAAGUCGAUGUCAUCUUCGCUGGUCAUGUUCAUGCAUAUGAACGCUCUGAGCGGAUAUCCAAUGUCGCCUACAAUAUAGUGAAUGGGUUAUGCACACCCAUAAGAGAUCCGUCAGCCCCAGUUUACAUUACCAUUGGAGAUGGAGGGAACCUAGAAGGAUUGGCAACAGAGAUGACAGAACCUCAGCCAGCCUAUUCCGCAUACCGUGAAGCCAGUUUUGGCCAUGGGAUUCUGGACAUAAAGAACAGGACGCACGCGUACUUCAGCUGGCAUCGCAACGAAGAUGGCUACGCUGUAGAAGCUGAUUCGGUUUGUUUGUACAACAGAUACUGGAACCCUUUUGAGGAACCAUUGGUAGCUACAAUGUGAGGGACGAUCCUAUAUUUGAUUGAAGUUUUACAAACGAAACAGUCAUCACACCCACCAAAGGAGUCAUUGCCUGAUCCUACUUCUGCGCAGGAGUUUUCAUUCCUAUUCCACAAGCAUUGCACUGGCUGAGUAGGGGGGCAAUUAUUGGAGAGAUGUAUCGAUGAGAAUGUCCGACAUGCAUGUUGUACUUGGGUAUGUAAACGUGGGACAUUUCUAAGGCAGUAAACCACUACUAGAGUCUGAUGCGCGUGUUAACUU